AUGACCUUCCAGCAGCACCUAUUUGGCGACAAUAACGAUGAUGACGAGGAUAGCUCCGACAGCACGAUGCAGAACAAGAUCAAGGAUGAGCAUGAGGAUGAAGAUAGCUCUAACGGCACCAUGCAACAGGGAAAUAAGCGUGAGGCGAGCUACACGCCUAGGCUGCGGGAUGGGAUCUCGAGGGAGAGUGAUGGAGGUGUGCAGGACGAGUUAGGGGAAGGGAAGGAAAUCAAGGAGGAAGGCAACGAACCAGCCACCACCAAGGGAUCGGUUGAUCUAUGUCUUAAGUUCAAACGUAAUGAACGCAGGAUAAAAAGAGAAGCCGGAAAAUGCGUGCAGCAAGCCAAGACAACAGGAACCCCCAUUGUAAUCAUGCAAGGAACUAACGGCGAGAUUGCGGUUAUGGUUGCCUCGGGAGUCUGGGUUUUUGACGAGCUCUAUUCCCCUCAUCAUCGGAUCGGAGUUGGGCUAGGGAUCGAUUUGUACAGGAUAUUAGUGCAUAUCACUAAAUGGAGAUUGAUCGUUCGAAGCAUUGGGAUGUUGCAGACCAGGUUCGGUAUCAGCUGCCUGUUGCAGUAG